AUAAUUAAAUAAAUACUAGUAAUUGUAUAUUAUUAAUAAUCUAUUCAUCAUAACGAUUUCGACAAAUAUGCUUAAGACUAUAUUUUUUCUUAUGUAUAAAUCACUAAUAUUAGUCAAAAUGAAUUAAGUGAAUAAUGUAAAAAGUCAAAAUAUUUUACUUAAAAGAAUUCGAAGGGAGUACUAAGAAUACAAUACUUUAAUUUGCCUUUGAAUGAGCUUUUCUUCAGACUGAAGAUGGACAGUAAUAACAUAAUUAAAAUUGUUUAUAUUUAACAUUUAUUAUCCCACUCAAAAAGAAGUGAUAAUCGAGUUUAAAUUAAAGACCUAAAUUCCUUCCGUUUAAAAAAAAAAAAAAAAAAAAAAAGACCUAAAUUCCUUAGCAUACUAGCUAGUUGCUAUGACACAUAGAAUAAAGCCAUUUUUGCUUGUUUGCUUACUACCACAAGCAAAGUAUCCAUAAAUUCUCUAGCCUCACUUCUCCAUAUCAUCUUCAUGUAAUUAGCAUUUCCCACCCAAUAACUCUCUCAUACAUACUAACCAAUAACAAUGCAUCAUAUAUUGUCCUUACUCUUUGCACUAUUAUUAACAAUCCCUUCAUUUCCUUUGUGUUCUAGUUAUAACCAUAGUAACACUUGUAGAUCCUAUUGUGGUAACAUAUCGAUCGACUACCCAUUUGGGCUCAAAUACGGGUGUGGUCACCCUGGCUACCGCGAUCUCCUAUAUUGCAUCAAUGAUGUCCUCAUGUUACAUGUAGCUUCAGGGUCAUACCGAGUUUUAGACAUUGAUUACACCUUCCAAGCCCUUACUUUGCAUGAUCCUCACUUGUCGACGUGCAACUCGAUCGUGCUUGGGUCCAAAGGAAACGGGUUCGUGGUCGAGUCGUGGCGAGCCCCGUUCUUGACUCCGGCACCGGAUAAUGCCUUUUUGUUGAUCGGUUGCUCGGCUAAAUCUCUACUCUUUCAAGGACUUCCAUCUAAGCACUUGGCUUGUAGAAAUGUUUCGGGUUUGGGCUGUGAAGACUAUUAUAGGUGUCCAGCUUGGGGAUCUUUCGGCCCAAAAACAUUGGGCCUGGGCCCACCAGAAUGUUGUGCAGUGGCCUAUGGUGAUCUUGGGCCAAAUCAAGGUAUAAAUCUUACUAAAUUAGAUUGCCAAGGGUAUAGUAGUGCUUAUAGCUUGGCACCUUUAAGAAUUGAUGGGCCACACGAGUGGUCUUAUGGCAUACGUGUGAAGUAUUCGGUCCAAGGACACGAUGCGUUUUGUAAAACGUGUGAAGCUACUCGUGGCACGUGUGGGUAUAGUGGUGAUAAUGGUAGUGAAAUUAGAGAGUUGUGCUUUUGUGGUACUCGGAAUUCAACAUCAAGUUGUGACUCUAUUACAUCAGUUGAAUCAAUGAUAUCAAAAGCCAUUACUUUGAAAGCCUUGCCAUGGAAUGCCAUAGUAACAAUAUGUAUUCUAAUUUCAAUGGAUCUAUGGAAUAAAGGUUAAAAACAAUUGCAAAUUGAAGUUGCCAGAUUCUAGCAGUGCACAUGAACCGAUGAACGUGCUCAUGUGCAAUCCCCAUUUACAUACGUACGAGCUAUUGAGAAGCAAAUGGUUGUCUUUUUGGUAGAAUGUAGUUACAUUUUCAUGCAACUUCUACAAAGUAUUUUUAUUUAUCUUUGUGAUGAUUUGUAAAACUUCUUGUAUAAUUUAUUUAGGGUUAUGCAGAGUACGGUCUAAACCGCACCAAACCGUAAUUUUGCGGUUUGGUGCGGUUUGCGGUUCGGAAAUUACGGUGCGGUUUUCAAAUUUGAUCAAAACCGCGGUUUUGCGGUUUGGUGCGGUUUCAAAAAAAUUUCAAACCAAACCGCACCGCAAACCGCAAUUUAAUGCAAAGACUCUUAUAUGGAAAGAAGACUCUUAUAUUGUAUUUAUAUGUACUGAAUUGUGUGGGUCAUUAUUUAGAAAACCAAAGUUUUCCUUUCUUAUUACUCUCCAUUUCUUGUGCUUUGGAGUUGUAAUGGAGUGGUUGUGGUUUACUUAAUGAUUUUGCUCAA